AUGUGGUCUAUGCAUUAUAUCCCCUAUGCGUCUCUCCCAUUGUAUAUGAUUCUUGUCUUAUCCCGUAUUCUUGUCUUAUGUGGUCUAUGCAUCCGUAUCCCCAUUUUUGUGUCUGCAUUUUUUGUGUCUAUGCGUCCGGAUUGUAACCUAUGCGUCCGUAUUCUUGAUUCUAUGCAUCCGUCCCCGGUCCCUGUUUGUAUUGUCCGGAUCCCUAUGCGUCCGUAUUCUUGUCUUUGUAUGUGGGUCUAUGCAUCCCGUAUCCACUUGUUAUGCAUUUGUGUCUAUACAGUUGUAUAUGUGAUUACAGCCGUCCGGAUCCCUGUUAUGUAUGCGGACCUAUGCGUCCGUAUUCUUGUCUUAUGUAUGUGGGUCUGUCGGUGGCGUGUGGAUCCAUGUCCCCUUGUUAUGCAUUUGUGGGUCUAUCCCGGUUAUGAGGGCGUAUAUGUGAUUCUAUGCGUCCCCGGAUCCCUGUUGUGUAUGUUGGACCUAUCAAGCGUCCGUAUUCUUGUCUCGUCCGUAUGUAUGUGGGUCUAUGCAUCCGUAUCCCUUGUUAUGCAGCGUCUUUUGUCUAUAAGGUUACACCGUAUAUAUGUGGAUUCUAUGCGUCGGAUCGCCCUGUUAUGUAUGGACCCUAUGCGCGUCCCGUAUUCUUGUCAUGUAUUCUUGUCUUAUGUAUGUGGGUCUGCAUCCGUAUCUUUGUUAUGCAUUUGUGUCUAUACAGUUAUGCGUGAUUUGUGA